CAACUUUUCCUGUUGUGCUCGCUCUACCUCUUGCUCAAUCUCUCGCGCUAAUGACAGCUCUGCUGCAGGAUUACUAGGGAGGUGGAGACCCGAGCCAUCUGGAUUGUGCCCCUCUCGUUCUCUCUCCACAGCAUGCUGGGGCUUAUGCGGCCGCUGCGUUCGUAUAGUACAUGAGUGUAUUUUCAUGAUUCAAGUCAGAAGUUCUCCUUCAGCAGAAAUGUCUCGGGAGUGCAAAGCGGGGCGAAAUCCAUCGAUAGCUGAUCAGCUUCCCUGGAUUUCGCAGACAUCUCCUGUUUGUUUUGCCUGAAAAUGGAAACACUGGAGUCGGAGCUGACCUGCCCAAUCUGUCUGGAGCUCUUUGAGGACCCGCUGCUCUUGCCCUGUGCUCAUAGCCUUUGUUUCAACUGUGCCCAUCGCAUCCUGGUCUCCCACUGCACCCCCAGCGAGCCGAUCCAGUCCAUCAGCGCCUUCCAGUGCCCGACCUGUCGCUAUGUCAUCACCCUCAGCCAGAGGGGCCUAGAGGGACUCAAGCGCAACGUUACCUUACAGAACAUCAUUGACCGCUACCAGAAAGCCUCCCUGAGCGGACCUAACUCUCCCAACGAGACUCGGCGCGAGCGAGCCGCCCCCGACAGCAAAGCCAUGACGUCUCCCGGCGGCCGCGUGCAGUGUCAGUUCUGUGAGCAGGACCCUCCGCAGGAUGCGGUGAAGACCUGCGUCACAUGUGAGGUGUCCUACUGCGACGAGUGUCUCAAGGCCACGCACCCCAACAAGAAGCCCUUCACUGGCCACCGUCUGAUUGAGCCCUUGCUGGACUCCCACCUGCGGGGGCUCAUGUGUCUGGAGCACGAGGACGAGAAGGUCAACAUGUACUGUGUGACAGACGAGCAGUUGAUCUGUGCGUUGUGUAAGCUGGUCGGCCGACACCGAGACCACCAGGUAGCAGCCCUCGGCGACCGAUUUGACAAACUCAAGAGAACUUCUGGCCGCUUUCUCUGUGUGGGGGGCGAUCACUCGCACCAGGAGACGGACCAGCAAGCCCUCGAUUCCAACCUCAACAGUCUAAUCAAGAGGACCAGUGAGUUGGAAAGUCUGAUGGGCAAACUUAUCCAAACCUGCCAACAUGUGGAGGUAAACGCAUCGCGACAAGAAAACAAGCUGCUUGAGGAGUGCGAACUGCUGAUUAAUAUCGUACAGCAGCGGAGACAAAUCAUAGCUACCAAGAUAAAGGAGGGGAAGUCUGUGCGAAUGAGGAAGCUAGCCCAGCAGAUAGCCAGCUGCAAACAGUGCAUCGAGAGGUCCUCCUCCCUCAUCUCCCAAGCAGACCAAACCCUCAAGGAGACGGACCACGCCCGCUUCCUUCAGACGGCUAAAAGUAUCUGUGAGAGAGUGUCUAUGGCAACGGCAUCCUCUCAAAUCCUGUUACCAGAAAUCAAUCUGAAUGACACUUUUGAUAGUUUCGCUCUGGACUUCACGAGGGAGAAGAAAAUGCUAGAAAGCUUGGAUUACCUCACAGCACCAAAUCCACCAGCGAUCCGCGAGGAGUUGUGCACGGCUUCGUACGACACGAUCACAGUCCACUGGACGACGGAUGAUGAGUUCUCCGUUGUGUCGUAUGAACUUCAGUACGCCAUCUUCACCAGCCAAUCUAAUGUCGUCAGUUUAUGUAACUCUGCUGAUAGCUGGAUGAUUGUGCCAAACAUCAAGCAAAAUCACUACACUGUGCACGGACUCCAGUGUGGCACAAAGUACAUUUUUAUAGUGAAGGCCAUAAACCAGGCUGGAAAACGCAGCAGUGAACCAGGGAAACUCAAGACAAACAGUCAGCCAUUCAAGUUAGACCCAAAGUCCGCUCACCGGAAGUUGAGGGUGUCCCACGACAAUCUGACAGUGGAGAGGGACGAGACAUUGUCCAAGAAGAGCCACAAUCAGGACCGCUUCUCCAGCCACAGCAGCUACGGUGUCACAGGGAAUGCAUACAUCGACAGUGGCCGCCAUUACUGGGAAGCUCUGAUCGGAGGAAGCACGUGGUUUGCGGUGGGCAUUGCAUACAAGUCCGCACCAAAACAAGAGUGGAUUGGCAAAAACUCCGCCUCCUGGGUGCUGUCUCGCUGCAAUAACUCGUGGGCGGUGCGUCACAACAGCAAGGAGAUGCCUAUUGAGCCUUCGCCCCACCUGCGGCGUCUCGGAGUACUGUUGGACUAUGACUCUGGAUCGCUGUCUUUCUACGAUGCCGUCGGCUCUCAGCACUUGCACACGUUCGACAUCGCCUUUGCUCAGCCAGUUUGCCCCGUUUUCAACGUGUGGAACCGGUGUCUGACGAUCCUCACGGGACUGCCCAUCCCAGAUCACUUGGAGGGGGCGGAUUUCAACAACUGAUGAAACGUGUCCUCCUGGAUUUUCUUUGUGCGCCCCCCCAAAAAACAAACAAACACCAGAGUACCUGCACCUCGUUGACUCUGAUGACAACAUACUUCAUGUUGGCAAAAAUAAAAACAGUAGCUAAAUGAGAUGCAGUUAAUAGCCCUGGUGUACAAGCCUAUGUUGAAAUUAAUUGGAAUUAUUUAAGAAAUGAUUUACAGGCAUCUGUAAAUUUCCCUCUUUGCUUUGCACAUUUAUGUACAUUUGUCAGCUGGAUGGUUUUAAGGGUUUCUUAUUUUUAUUUCAUGUCUUCCAUUCCUGUGUUGUUAGGGUGAUAAAUCUUUAGGCACAAGUGACAAGCUGACUCUUUGUCUCUAAUGUUUUUGCGAGCUUGUAUUAUAAGGUAAAUGUAAGGGUUUUUUAAAGAUUGUGUAAUUCAUUGCACUUUGAUGAGACAAAGUUGUCACUAUAAAAUGUAUUUCUAAGCCAUUUGUACCAUAACACAAAUGUUUGCUUGACAUUGUUUUGUAAGGGAAAUGCACUUGAAUAGAUCAGAUCACUAGUACACAGUUUAACGUAGACAUUUCUAUUUGAAAUUAGUCAGCCUCUCAUUGUAUACAAAUGCUCUAAUGCAUUUCAGCAUUAAGAGCUAAUUAAUUUUCUUACUGUAGUCAUUUCAGAAUUUCUCAGCAUCACAGUUUAAUUCCUCUCUGAUAAGAUAAAAUAAAAGUGACUUCAUUUGA